GCUCAGUUAAAAGGGGAAGAAGUGGAUCAGCCCAAGGAGGAGGAGAAGGAAGAGGAAGAGGAAAACAAGACAAACAGCCAGUGCAGAGGGGAGGAGUGCGUGUCCAGCGGUCCCCAUCCCUGCGGAGCUCAGAGCUGGGAGCCAGCUCCCUGCCCACCCUGCAACCCUGCAUCAUCCUGCUGCUUCCCACGGAGGCCAUGGGCCCAGGGGCUCUGCUGGUCCUGCUAGCGGCCACAGUUUGGCAUGGUCACACGGUUCCAGUAAUAGAGCCCAGCGGCCCUGAGCUGAUCGUGCAGCCAGGUACGAAGGUGACCCUGCGAUGCAUGGGAAAUGGCAGUGUGGAAUGGGAUGGCCCCAUCUCCCCUCACUGGAACCUGGACCCCGAUGCCCCCAGCAACAACCUGAUCACCAAUAAUGCCACAUUCAAAAACACGGGGACCUAUCGCUGCAUUGAGUCUGGAGACCCCCAGGGGGGCAGUGCCAUCAUCCACCUCUAUGUCACAGACCCUCACCGGCCCUGGAACCUGCUGGCAGAGGAAGUGACAGUGUUCGAGGGUCAGGACGCCCUGCUGCCCUGCCUGCUCACUGACCCCCAGCUGGAGAGGGGCGUCUCUCUGGUCCGUGUGCGUGGCCGGCCUGUCUUGCGCCAAACCAAUUACUCCUUCUCGCCCUGGUACGGUUUCACCAUCCACAAGGCCAAGUACAUUGAGAGCCAGGACUACCAGUGCAGUGCUUCAGUGGGCGGCCGGAAGUUGACGACCCUUGGCAUCCGGCUCAUUGUGAAGAAAGUCCUCCCAGGACCCCCAACUCUGACACUGGAGCCUGCAGAGCUGACACGGAUUCGAGGGGAGCCUGCCCAGAUUGUGUGCUCAGCCAGCGAUGUUGACGUCGAUUUCAGUGUCUUCCUCAAACAUGGAGACACCAAGCUCAGAAUCCCUCAAAAAUCUGAUUUCCAUGAUGACCGUUACCAGAAAGUCCUGACCCUUAACCUGAAUGAUGUAGGCUUCCACGAUGCUGGCAACUAUUCCUGCACCACCCAAAAUGCCCAGUUCACCAACUCCACCUCCAUGAUCUUCCGAGUGGUCGAGAGUGCUUACUUGAACUUGACCUCUGAGCAGGAUCUCCUCCAGGAGCUGACUGUGGGUGACAGCCUCAAACUCGAAGCCAAGGUGGAGGCCUAUCCUAGCCUACAAGGUUAUAACUGGACCUACCUGGGACCCUUCUCUGACCACAAGCACAAGCCCAAUUUUAACACCAUCAAGAGCACAUACAGAUACACCUCCAGCCUCUUCCUGACCCGUGUGAAGCCCUCCGAGGCUGGCCGAUACUCCUUCCAGGCCUGGAACGAGGGAGGCUGGAGUGCUCUGACCUUCAACCUCACCCUGCGAUACCGCCCAGAGGUCAGUGUCACAUGGCACGCUAUCAAUGGCUCCUACACGCUGCUGUGUGAAGCCACUGGGUACCCCCAACCCAAUGUAACUUGGCUGAAGUGCAGGGGCCACACUGACAGAUGUGACAAGACCCAGGUGCUGCGUGUCUGGGAGGACUCAGACCCUGAGGUCCUGAGCCAGGAACCCUUCCACAAAGUGACUGUUCGGAGCCAACUGACCAUUGGGAUCGUGGAGCCCAAUGUGACCUAUGAGUGCAGGGCCUGCAACAGCCUGGGGAACAGCUCCGGGUCCAUCGGGCCAGUCGCGAGAGAAGCCCACACCAGGAGCCUUGAGGAGCCCUUCUUCACACCAGUAAUGGUCACCUGCAUCUCCCUCAUGGCCUUGUUGCUGCUCCUGCUGCUGCUGCUCUUGUACAAGUAUAAGCAGAAGCCCAAGUACCAAGUGCGCUGGAAGAUCAUUGAGAGCUACGAGGGCAACAACUACACCUUCAUUGACCCCACCCAGCUGCCCUACAAUGAGAAGUGGGAGUUCCCCCGAAACAACCUGCAGUUUGGUAAGACCCUUGGAGCUGGCGCCUUUGGGAAGGUGGUAGAGGCCACGGCCUUUGGUCUGGGCAAAGAAGACGCUGUCCUGAAGGUGGCUGUGAAGAUGCUGAAGUCCACAGCUCAUGCGGAUGAGAAGGAGGCGCUCAUGUCUGAACUGAAGAUCAUGAGUCACCUGGGCCAGCAUGAGAACAUAGUCAACCUUCUGGGAGCCUGCACCCACGGAGGCCCUGUCCUGGUCAUCACUGAGUACUGCUGCUAUGGCGACCUGCUCAAUUUUCUUCGAAAGAAGGCCGAGGCCAUGCUGGGACCCAGCCUGAAUCCAGGCCAGGACCCUGAAGGGGAUACUGGCUACAAGAACAUCCACCUGGAAAAGAAAUAUGUCCGCAGGGACAGUGGCUUCUCUAGCCAGGGCCUGGACACCUAUGUGGAGAUGAGGCCAGUCUCCACUUCAAGUGACUCCUUUUCUGAACAAGACCUGGACAAGGAGGAGAAACGGCCCCUGGAGCUCUGGGACCUGCUGCACUUCUCCAGCCAAGUGGCCCAGGGCAUGGCCUUCCUGGCUUCCAAGAAUUGUAUCCACCGGGACGUGGCUGCUCGAAAUGUGCUGUUGACCAAUGGGCAUGUGGCCAAGAUUGGGGACUUCGGGCUGGCGAGGGACAUCAUGAAUGACUCCAAUUACAUCGUCAAAGGCAAUGCCCGCCUGCCUGUGAAGUGGAUGGCGCCAGAGAGCAUCUUCGACUGUGUCUACACGGUUCAGAGUGACGUCUGGUCCUACGGCAUCCUUCUCUGGGAGAUUUUCUCACUUGGACUGAACCCCUACCCUGGCAUCCUGGUGAACAGCAAGUUCUACAAACUGGUGAAAGAUGGAUACCAAAUGGCCCAGCCUGCCUUUGCCCCAAAGAACAUAUAUAGCAUUAUGCAAGCCUGCUGGGACCUGGAGCCCACCCACAGACCCACUUUCCAGCAGAUCUGCUCCCUCCUCCAGGAGCAGGCCCAAGCAGACAGGAGAGAGCAGGACUAUGCUAAUGUGCCAAGGAGCAGCAGUGGCAGUGGUGGUGACGGCACCAGCAGCAGUGGCAACAGCAGCAGCAGCAGCAGCAACAGCGAGCUGGAGGAAGAAAGCUCCGGCGAGCACCUGGCCUGCUGUGAGCCAGGGGACAUCGCCCAGCCGCUGCUGCAGCCCAACAACUAUCAGUUCUGCUGAGGUGGUGAUGACGGGGAGUACCCUCCCCACCACCAAGCUCCAACUCCUCCAUGGAUGGGGCAGCAUGGGGAGAACAGACAAACUCUGCCCUCCAUCGUUUCCACAGCUUGGCCCAGCUCUAAAGCUUGGGAAUGUCAGGGGUAUGGGGGAGGUCAAAAGACCCCACUCCCAGAGCCUGGGCCAUCACUGCCAUUUAAGGGCCAAGCCCUUUCAACCCUCCCCCACUGUUCUCAUGAUGUUGGACUCACGUUUGCUGACAACUGGUAAACCCCCAGCUCACUCCUAUCCUUGUUUGCACUUCGCUUCCCAAAUCCUCUCCCAUCUCUGUGGAAAUGCACUAUUCGGGUGAAGUGUCUGGAUACUGAGAAAACAAGGCUCCUUGGGGCCCAGCAAAAGGUGGGACUAUAUUCUGAACCAGUGGAGAAGCAGGAGUGGACCUCUCAGGCCACAGGUCCCUUAGAGCAAGGUUGCUCCCCUUAUGACUCUAAUAGGACCUUCCAGCCUUUGCCCUACAGCCUUCUUCACCUGGCAGCCCAUCCUACCCUGGAUCUGGCACUGCUGUAAUGAGCCACGUGGCAGCUAAAUGUGAGGGGGCUCUGCCCAGUUCCCUGCCAUUCUGGGCUGGAAGGCAGAAGACCUUGGUGUGUGGCUGGCCACACCAAUCAAGAAGCUCGCAGUCCCCCAAGCUGACACAUAACUAACAGUCACGCUGCGGGAUGUUCUUUGUAAACAUUAAACUAACCGCAUUAACACA